GCGAUGCCACGCGGGGGAAGGUAAACUUUCGCGCGCCCAGUCCCAGUCUCAAUACAAGCAUUCCGCGUAUGUUGUAGUAACAAGGGAGCGGCUUAGCUAGGGGGGUACUAGGAUCAGCCUACACAUGAUCGGAAUGCCGCUGCCACUGCCGAUACCCAUCUCCCCUCCUCCGCCUCGCCCGUCCCACCAAGUACACGAUGUCUGCCGUCUCCGACGCGGCUCCAGCCUCACAAUCCAAACAAAAGGUGUGGUUCGUCACAGGUACAUACACGCCAUUCCGGCGAACGCGGGCCCUCGAGCAUUCGCGCUCACCCACCCUGUCGCGCCCUCGCACUCAAGGCCUCACGCGCCUCACGGCCGGCGUGCAGCUACUACUAGCAGUGGGUUGACAUUCCUUUACCCGCACAGGCACGUCCUCAGGGUUCGGCAAGCGCCUCGUUCGCGCAAUCCUCGAGCGCGGCGACUCCGUCGUCGCGACCGUACGCGCGCGCGCCGACUUCCCCCUGCAGGCCUGCACAUCCUCGAGCUCGACGUGACAGAGCCGGAGGACACCAUCAAACGCAAGGCGGCGGAGGCCGUCGCCGUGUGGGGCAGGGUGGACGUCCUCGUGAACAACGCAGGGAACGCGCCGAAGAGCCUGCUCGAGGAGGGAGGGUCCACGACGGCCCUGGAGCAGUUCAACGUGAACUUCUUCGGCCAGCUGAACGUCACGCACGCGAUCCUGCCGUAUAUGCGCGACCGCAGGUCCGGGACCGUCGUCUUCUUGGGGAGCAGGUCGGUCUGGAAGCCGGAUGCGGUCAUGACAGGAUACUACAUCGCGUCGAAAGCGGCCAUCCACGCAUACAGCGAGACGCUCGCCGCGGAGGUCGCGCGGUUCAACGUGAAGGUGCUGCUCGUCGCGCCGGGGCACUUCCGCACGGAGAAGCUGCACACGGCGCCGUACGUGAUGGCGCACCACAUCCCCGCAUACGACGCGAUGCGCGAGGAGGAGAUGGCGCGGUUCAACCAGCUGUGGCACAAGGCGCGCGGCGACACGGACCGCGCGGUCGAGGUCAUCGUCGACGUCGUGCGCGGCGAGGGGGCGCACUCGGAGCGGCUCGCGCAUGAUAUGGACGCGUGGCGGGACGUCGCGAAGGACCUGGAUAUCCAGGAAGAGCAGGAGGCGUGAGCGC